UGUCGUAAAAAAGACCCUGUCGUGAAAUCAUCAGUUAAUUUACGAUUGCUUUUUCUCUUUUAGUCAACAAUAACAACUCAACAAGACGAAGAAGACGGAUAGGAUAUUUGCGGCUUUAUUGAGAGAAACCAUCAGCAGGUAAACUGGACUUUACAGAUACCCACUCAGACAUGUCUUAUGUCUUUGUCAAUGAUUCGUGCCAGACAAAUGUUCCGCUGCUGCAAGCCUGUAUCGACGGGGACCUGAACUACUCGAAGCGCCUCCUCGAAAGCGGCUUUGAUCCUAACAUCCGGGAUAACCGCGGCCGUACAGGGCUGCACCUGGCCGCCGCCAGGGGCAAUGUGGAGAUCUGCAGGCUUCUGCACAAGUUUGGCGCUGAUCUGCUUGCCACCGACUACCAGGGCAACACAGCUCUCCACCUCUGUGGCCAUGUGGAUACCAUCCAGUUUCUGGUUACCAAUGGACUCAAAAUUGACAUCUGCAAUCACAAUGGUGCCACCCCCCUGGUGCUGGCGAAGCGCAGGGGAGUGAAUAAGGAUGCAAUCCGCUUACUGGAGGGCCUGGAAGAGCAGGAGGUGAAGGGGUUUAACAGAGGAACCCACUCCAAACUGGAGACCAUGCAGACUGCAGAGAACGAAAGAUACCUAGAGACCCUCAUAUCCAAUUCUGAUGAAACUUGUGCUAUGGAGAGCCACUCCCUGCUCAACCCCAACCUGCAGCACAGCGAAGGUGUUCUCUCCAGCUUCCGCACCACCUGGCAGGAGUUUGUGGAAGACCUGGGCUUCUGGAGAGUGCUGCUGCUCAUCGUGGUCAUCGCUCUCCUGUCCCUUGGCAUCGCCUACUACGUCAGCGGAGUGCUUCCCUUCGUGGAGAACCAGCCCGAAUUAGUGCAUUAGGGGGUGCUUGAAAGGAUCAGCUUCUCACUAUUAGAACAGCAUUCUUCCAUGUACUUUCUUUGCAGCAGGUAUUAGGAGCCAAUGUGUUGAGCUCACAUUGAGUCUAGCACUCUGACAUGAUGUAUAACAAUGGUUAAAAACAAAUGAUCACCUUUUCUAUAAACCACAUCUCUUAUAAUUUGCGCUACACCACUGUGUACUAUGUAGAAUGUUAUAACCAGCGCACAUGUGAAAAACAUGCAGCAAAUUCUCCUAAAAUGUGUAAGUGUGUGUAAAACUUUGAGAAAUACGGUAUGUGGGGUCCUAAUAUCUGCUUCACAGAAGGUUAAUGUAUAGUGAGUGUGGUGGCAUUUUACUGCACACAGUGAACAAAUCCCUAAUAAUAUGCAACUUCUUGUGAGACUGUUGAUCAAAUAAGGUUAGAACAUUAUUUAAAAGGCUUGGUUAUUAACUCUCAAAAGCAAUUAAGUAAUCAAGGUGUAUAAAAACAUCCUAUCUGUCAUGAGCAUAACUUUCUCACAUGUCCUUUGCUGCUUUACUGUUGAGCUUUAAUUAUCCAGACUAGCUUUGAGUCAGGGGAAGCCCAUUUAUCCUCUCCCCAUUAACAACCCACUUUUUGACACCCACAUAUUGUCUUGAAGCCAGUAUAGGACUGCUGUAAGGCUCGGGUAGGACCCUGUUACCUGUAACACAGGAGGGAAGUGUUGUGGUUGGAAGAAUGAGCUACACGUUAGAAAAAGAGAAGAGAGUAGAAGAGCCUUGGUUCUCUGCCGUGUCACAAGUGCGAGUCUGACGAUGACCAGGGAUCAGUUCACUGGCCAGAAGCCAAGGUUUUUUUUAUUUAGGUUUUAGAACCACAAAACAAAAAAAAAAACUUUUCCAUUGCAGUGAUGGCUGGCAGGCUUGUUAAAGAAGGUGCUGUAAUGUUUGUUCAGCAUUGUUAUAGUUUGUGCACGGUUCAAGUAGGCAGUAUGGUAGAUCAUGCAAGCCAAAUGAAGCCUGUCAUUUAUUAGGUAGAGUCUAUAAUCACAAAUUUCAGAUAAGUACCUCUUAAUCCAAUCAGUCCUGAAAUAGGGAUUGGUGUAAUUGGAAAUCACAUUGAUUGCUACUGUUCCAACCAUUCAAGGGUCCUGGUAAAAAACCUGGAAUGGCUCAAAUUGCUACAGGUGUCUAAAGACUAGUAUACACAAUACUUUGUCUUUGUAGCUUACUGCAGUGUAAGGUAGUGUUCUACACUUGUACAUAGACAGUACUACACUACCGUACUGUACAUUUGUGUACAUUCCCCUCUGUAGCAGUUGUUAUAGAACUGAGCACUUUAGGUAGUGCUGUGAAACUAGUAAUAUCAACAGUGUCUAGUCGGAUUGUUUCAUGCAUGCUGCAUGCAGUAUUAAAAUGGGUUAUAUGGGUUUAACCAAGGGUUUAAAACACAAUAAUAUAACAACAUUCUCAUAAGCUCCUUAUUGUUUUGCUAUGAAUAUCUUUGUUUCCUAUACUUUAUUUUUUAAGCACAUUUUUCUUGUCAUAGCUGAUUUUUUAGUUUUCAUUUCCUGGGUUACAUGUAAUAAGACCCCAUGUGAGCUUUACAGCUGCGUACUAUAGGACACAUAGGAAACUGUACGGCCUGGUGGAGUCAUAUUACAUGUAACACAGGAAGUGAAUGGGGAGUGGAAACACAGUACAUCUACCAACAGUAUUGUGUUAUGGGAAGAUAAAUUGGCUUCACCUGGAAAAUAAAGUUGUGAAAACAAUCAAAUCAACAGUAAACCCAUACUCUUGACUCUUGUGAAUGUUGUUUAAUACGAUUGAGUUGUGUUUCAAAGCUAUGGUUAACCCAAAUGGUAAUAUAGAGUAGAAACAGUGUUUAAUUAUCUUUGCAUUUUUGUAAAUAAUCCAAAUCACACUGAUUGUUUCAAAUGUAAUUUUGAUUUAGUGUUUUUAGAUUGAUUUUAUUUCAAAUUGUUUUAGAAAUCUUUUAAUUCCCCAAAGUAAAAAAAAAAAAAAGAAAUUCAAUGCUGUCUACUUAACUUGAUAUAGUUGUUGGUGAACCAUUUUCACUAUGUAUAUGUUUUCAUUAAGUUAAGCACUUUUACUUUUUUUUGUAUUAUAAAAGAAAAGCAUGCGUAAGCUCA